GUGCCGUACAGCGUGUCCACCGCCGCGAAGUUCAAGGCCUUUGAGUGGAUGGGUUUUGUCCAUAAGCUUCCCCACUGUGGGCUCAACCAGAUCAAGAUGCUGACGGAGCUUCUCUCGCAAGGAGCCAGCAUCGAACAUGAGAACCGACUGGCCUGGAAGAUCACCUGUAUUUGGGCAUCCUUCGUGCUGGCGGGCAUCGUUUGGUCGAUCUACGCCGUGGCGAUCGUCCCAAGGAAGCGAGCCGCGGACACGGUGAAGAUGGGACUUGCCGACGACGAGAAGGCCUAUGAGAAAGGCUUCAUGAACUACGUCAGCUUGGGCUGGGUGGAUGAGCUGGUAGGCAGAUAUGGCAAGCACUGGAACUCCGUGAUCGAUGAUAACGAGAUUGUAUGCAAUCGCCGGGACGAUGCUUUUGUGCCGUACAUCCGCUUCCGAAAGCAUUGGGAGGACGAGGUCGCCCGCGCCGGGAGCGUCGAGAAGGCUUCCAUCGUCUGGGCGCUGUAUAAAACCGUGGGCUUCAAAGCCUCUGUUUGUAUGGUGACCCUCACCUUCACGGAAGAGCUGGCAGGGGGUGUGAUGAGUGUAGUCGGUCUCCAAUACUUCCUGGGCUCUCUCGAACAUUUGGAUGCGUGGGCUAAUCAGCAUCCGGGGGAGCAGCUAAGCUACCUGGGUACAACAAUUGCGACUUUGGUCUGGAUCUGGGGAUCUCCCAUGGUCUUCCGGUUUUUGAGCAUCAUCGCCACCCUGGUCGACGGCCACUACACGCAGAUGUGCGCGUCAGGACUGGCUUCGAUUGUGUUCCACAAGGCUCUCCGUACGCCUGCGAGCUCUGCAAGGCCAGAAUCGCGGGAGACUGCCGAUGGAGAUGAGGAGCCAGAUCCAUGGGGCAACCACAAGCCCAAUCUGGUACAGAUUUUGAAUGUCGACAUUGUGGACUGCUGGGGCGGUCUCAUUCGCGACUGCCUCUGCGUGAUUGUGGCACCCUUCUCUAUGCUCGUUCUGCUCACCAUCAUGGUGAAGCAGAUCAGCUUCGAUGCCAUCGGUGGUGCCUCCUACAUCGUGCCGGUUCUGUUCUUGAUGAUGUGCAGCACUUCCAUUGCCAUGCAGUACUGGAGGGCAUACCAGAUGUUCAUGGACACGCGCUUGAAGUGGCUGACAGAGUCGCUUCUCUCCAUCCGAACGAUCAAGGCCUUGGCCUGGGAGAAGCUGGCCCAAGAGAAGCUGAUGAAGGCCCGAGAUGGGGAGCUCUACUGCGCUCGAGCAAUGGCUGUGAUGACGGGUGUCAUGACAGCAGUGGCACACACCCUCCCGUGGGGUGUGCUGACGAUCACAAUGUGGAUCCUCCUGUCGAAAGCAGGCAAUGGCCAGAUUCCGGCACACCAGGUCAUGAUCGUACAGCGGUUGAUUCAGGCCCUGCUGGGCAACAUGGGGCAACUCUCCAAUGGUUUGGGUCGGGCGAUGGUCGUGCCGAACAGCUUCUUUCGCAUCAGGCGCUUCCUCGCGCAACCUGAUCGGCCGGAGGAUGUGGUUCGGCAGCCCACGGUGCAGACCCAGAACGCACCGGCUCUCCGGGUGAUGGGAAGCUUCACCUAUGCCGGGGCGAAGCCGAUAUUGAAAGACUUGGACAUCGCAGUGCCGCAGGGUGAACUUGUGGGUAUCAUCGGUCGUGUGGGCGCGGGCAAGAGCAGCCUCUUGCAGACGGUUAUCGGCGAGCUCCACCCGCUGAACGGGAGUGGCGGGCAAAGCUUCGUCGAAGCACCCGAUACGAGCAGCGGCCACAUUGCCUACUGCGCUCAGGUGCCGUGGAUCUUUGAGGGCACUCUCCGCGAGAACAUCAUCAUGAACCAGCAGCUCCAUCAUGACCGAUAUUACAAAUGCAUCCACGCCGCGGGCCUUUCCUCCGACCUCCAGAUCUUGCCUGGCGGCGACCAGGUGACGAUUGGCUCCUUCGGGAUUCGCCUCUCUGGAGGACAGCGGGCCCGCGUGGCCUUGGCGCGAGCUGCCUACAUGGAGGCCGCACAGGUCGUGCUCAUCGAUGAUCCUUUUGCUUCCGUCGAUGGUCCGACGGGUCAGCACAUCUUCAGCGAGCUGCUCCUGGGCCCUGUCAUGAGAGGCCGGACGCGCCUGGUGAUCACACAGCCUGAUCGCGCGCGUUUGCAGCACUUUGACCGGAUUAUUCUCCUGGAAGACGGCUGCGUCGUAGAGACUGGAGCACCAGCAGAGGUGAUGGAGACAGAGGCCUUCAAACGCAUCCAGCAGGAGCAAGUCGACGACGGCGCCGAUUCGCCCAAGGCAAACUCGGCCGGUGUCAGCGAUGUCAACCAGAGUGUGAUGCUUGCAAAGCAGGCCAACGAUGAGGGAGGCAUGCUGCUUCGUGAAGAGGAGGUGGCGGAGAACAUCACUUGGGAAUCCAUGUGGUGGUGGCUGAAAGCCGCAGGUGUGCUGAACUUGAUGCUGCUCGGCGGAUCGGUGGCGCUGCAAGCCAUCGUUGAGCUCCGCGAGAGUUUGGUGCUGGCAGUCUGGAUCGACACCAAGGUUGUAAAUCCAGAGGUGGACGACAUGUUGUUCAUAAAACGCCUGAUCCUGGUCGUGGCCGCCGCCUGCGCAACCAUCCUCAUCGUCUACUACGCCACGGCGAAUGUUGCUCUCACCUCGGCGAGGAAGAUCCACGAAUGCUGCGUCACGAGCCUUCUGAAUGCUCCGGUGGACAGGUUUUUCGACAAGCAGCCCGUGGGCCGCCUCAUCAACCGACUGUCCUAUGACAUGAAGCAGGUAGAUGAGACGCUCGUGGGCACCGGACUUGGCAUCGCACAAUUUCUGAUGGGCUUCAUGACUACGCAGACCUUUGUCUUGUCGGUGAUGCCUGGAAAAGUGUGCCUCUGCGCCCUCCCUGUCUACGCGGCUACGAUGUACUUCAUCUACCUGUACCGUGGUACCGCCGUCCCUCUGGUCUUCCACUCCAAGCACUCGCUUUCUAUGGUGCAGGACCUGCAAGCUGUGGUCAUCGGGCAGUGCGUGUCCAUCCGUGCAAACGGCAUGCUGGAGAGCUUUAUGCUGCGAUACAACCACUACUCGCAGAGCGUGAUCCGGUCCCAGUAUCUCAUCUUCUACGUCUGCCGGGCCUGGGCUCAAUCUCGGGUCUUCUUGUGCUUCGGUGCGCUUACCGCCAUCCUUGCCAUUGGCGGGCUGUGGGCGGGAGUGCCUCUGGGCACGCUGGCAACCUGCGUGGGCUUUUGCUUCUUCCAGAUGGCCCAGUUUGAAGGAAUUUCGAUGACCUUCACGCACUUGCUCAACGUGCUGAAUGCCUUGCAGCGCCUCAUGAAGUACGUCUCAUUGCCGGCAGAGGCGGCCUAUGACAUGCCAACGGACUACAUCGUGCGUCGGCACGUCAAGGUUGAUCGUGACCUCGCCAUGCGCCUGCAGAUGAAGCAGGCUUUGCUCGAGACGAUGUCAAAGAAGUUGGAGGAAGACCAGAAGGCGGAUGAAGACAUGAAGGAGACGGGACUUUGGGUUUUACGAUUUUGUGUCAAUCGCGGCUGA